ACUGGGUGAACUCAGCUUCAAACACUUCAUCAUGAAACUUUUCCUGUGCUUCGCUCUCGUAGCGCUUUCGGCGUUCGCUACUGCCGCCGAGGAGGAUCCUGAGGCGAAGAAUGUGAAACUCGAGGUGCCGGCCGAUGGUACCGAGACUAAAACCGCAGACGGGAAAGAGUCAGUCGAGGAACGGGGUCUUUACCGAGGUCAUCACGGCGGAUACGGGGGAGGCUUCGGCGGAGGUUUCGACCGCUUCGGUUCCCAGGCUCAGGCUGGCGGUUUCAACCAGGGCUCGAACCAGCACGCCCAGGCCAACCAAUUCAACAACGCGGCAGGAUUCAAGAACACCCAGGGCUUCAGGGAGCAGCAGGGUUUCAGCCACUCGAACAACAACCAGUACGGGAGCGGCUUCAACACAGCGGCCGGCGGCUACCAAAACCAACAGGGCGGAUUCGGCCAAGCCGGAGGCUCUUACGGCCAGGGAGGAGGUUUCGGCUUCGGUCGCCGUUGAGCAGACGACCGUAGAGAUAGACAGAGUCGAACUGUGAUAAUUGUACAAAUUUUCAAUAAAUUCAGAAUGAUUGAUGCAGAA